UAACCUCAGUGCCUAAUCCGUAACCCGCCUAAUCUAAUUUGGGGCCUUAUGGGGACGCGGGACAAAAGUCCCACCGGGAGUAGUUGUCUGGUUGGCAAAGUAUUGAUCGAAGAUUUGCCCAAACGAGCUAUUUCUCACAAUGACAUACGUGAUUGGUUAAAAAAGUAUGGAUGCAUUUCAGAAAUCGUAAUAUAUCCACGCUGCUUGCUUGUUCAGUUCGACUCGGAUAUCGAGGCCGCUGGUGCUGUUCAGUGCGAAAAUGGGGCUUCACUCUUUGGCACUAAAGUCUCUCUAAAGCAUGUGGAAGCCGGUGAUUUAAAGGCGCUGCGUCGUGCAGGCCCACCAAUUGAUCGGUUUUCCACAAAUUUGCAACGGAGUUUCGGAUCCAUCUCUGGUCGUGAUCGUGACCGGGAUAAAAGUCGUGGAUCCUUGCGCCGUGACCGCUUCCGAGGUCGAACUAAGUCUCCGGACAACAAACGUUCACGUGAGAUCUCACCGCGUCGACACUCAAGGUCACCAAUCAUAACGCGUACUGAUCGGCGUACAGUUCAUCCACUAAACUGGCUAUCAGAAGUUGCUGAACGAGACAAAAAGCUAAAUGGAUCCAGUCUUCUUGGUCCUGCCGAUAAAUCAACUGAAAAACCUAUCGUUAAAUCACCACCUUAUAUGGUGGCAAUAAUAACCGUCCAGCAUGAUCUUGUUCCAUAUGCUGAAAUUAUAGAACAACGUGUCACUAAAAGUCUAACUACACCAGGAAGUCCUUCUGUUACUCAUAUAGUAGUUCUACUGUCUGUAGAUCAUCUUAGCCCAUGCCUAGCUGACCUUACCAAGGAUGGUGUUCCGUUCGCGAUCAUUUGCACUAUGACUAAUUGGGCACACAACUCGUGCACAUUACGCAUUCUUUACGCUCCAACCCAACAAGAACAUCGUAAUAUGCCUUUGGAUGAUGCAUUAAUCCUACUUCAUCGAGAAUACUCUGCAUAUACGACAAGCAGUAAAGAAGAGGUUGAUACUGCUCCUCCAGACGAUGCCAAUUUUUUGCCACCUAGUCGCCAUUUAGCUUCCCUACUUCAUAUGCUGGCUGAUUCUCGUGUUCUAAGUGUUGGAGAGUUAGACGAGAUCACUGUUUUUGUCCAGGAGCGAAAGCGUCGUCUGGAAGGCCGACGAAACGCCAACAGUGAUGCCGGUGCAUGCAGUGAAAAUACAGCUGAGCUCAAGUCAAGAAUUUUAAGCAUGCUUUAUCCUCAGCCUGUUAGCUCUACUGUAACUACAAACACUGCUUCUUCCAAUGUACCAGUUGACGCGGCUCAUCAAACUCAAGAUUUAACAGCUACUAGUAUUGGAAGUAAAUUAGCUGAAAACUUGACUAACCCUAUUGUACAAAAAGCCAUAGAUACGUUAAUGUCAUAUCCUUCAAACUCUGUGCCUCAAACUGCAACGCAAAAGUCGCUUAGCGCUAUGGAUACACAAAAUAUGCAAUCUAAGAACUCUUUUCGCAACAAUAUAAAGCCUCAUUCUUCUUUAGCGAUUGCUGCAUAUUCACCCAGUUGCAUGAAACAGCCUACCAGUUGGAGCUAUGAAGAUAAUAGUUUUCGGCCAAGUCGACCGCUAAUUUCCAAUGACUUUAGUCAGCAUGUCCCUUAUGGACAGCAUACCAGACCUAGCAUGAUCCAGCAGCGUGAAUAUCCCAGUGACGAAUCACGUAAGGGUCCUGGUUUCAUAGAACAUGGAGUUCAAAGAUGCGCUUAUCACUCCGAAUUCGAAGUAAAUGAACCAGUUCUUGAUUCAAAUGAAGAGUUCACAGAAGAAAGUGCUUAUCCAGGUUGGCCUAGGAGAAAAAGAAAAAAACGAGGUUGUAAAGCUCCCUCAGGCGAUUCAUAUCAAUAUCUUGACCCUAAGAGUUAUGCACGUCAAAACGUUGACCAGCAAUCUCAACAACCUGUAGAUCUUAUGUCUACGGAGGUUCAUCCAGUCGGUGCUGUAGCUGAAGCGUAUAAAUAUUCUCAAGCUAACCCCCUCAUAUUCAAUCCGGGAGUCCGUGGUAGAUCUCAAAGAAUAACCGGUGGGAGUUCAUCUUAUGACAAUUACAAUUAUCAAUCAUUUGGACCGCAUCAGCCGAAUAAUUUGAAUCUUCAUACCCAAUCUUAUGGUUAUCCCAAUCCAUCUUCAUUUUAUUAGCACUUUUACGAGUAAAAUUUGUGUCCUGUAAGAUUAGUUCAGUUUUUUUCCAACAUAUUUACAUUCGAACAUAUUUUGCUAAAUGUUAUUGUAAUUAAUUUUUUAAACAAAGCGUUCUGCUCAUAUUAACUUUGCUGGGAAAAUGAAAAAAAAACAAAGAGGAUACAAACAAACCUCUAUAAUUUCCUUUCUAUUUAAAAAUGGGUUGAUUUUUUCAGUGUUUGUAUUAUUGUACCGCGUCAUCCUGUGUUGUUAAUUAGAAUUCAUCAUUUUCAACCUCUGGCUAAAAUAACAACAUAAUUCGCUUUAAAACUUGUUCUUUUUUGUUAAAAAAUAUUUUGUGCUGGGGUAUGUGAUGUAUUGGAAUUCCUUUCACUCAAUAUUCUAGCCGUUACAGUUCAACUAGUUUGCUCUCAAUUAUAUUAUCAAGAUUUUGCUGCUAAUAUUGACUCUGUUAGUUAAUAUAGCCGAUUUCCCUUUUAUUUCGUUCCCUGCUUUGGAACAGUAAGCGUGAAGUAUGCUUUUGUUCACAUUAGUCUAUUAUUUACAGUACCAACCUUUACUCCAAUAAUGGUUCCUACCGAAUGCCGAACUUCUAAUCAUUCAUUGAGUUCAAUACUCUUCCGUAAUGAUGCAAAUUCUUAAUAUCCGCUAUCAUCGAAAUACGUACUGACUACAUAUGUCUUUAAUUUCCUAUUAUGUCAAUCCCACACGUUGUGAAGACUUUUGAAUACAACUGGUGUGACUCCAUAGCUUUGAUAAGUAGUGUUCUUCGAGCACACUUGAAACGAAGAAGGAAGCGUUAUAGUCUAGUAUCAGAUAUUAUCAGAUGGUAUUUAGCUAGGUCAAGUAAACAGUAAACCGUCGAUGAUACUGUCGUUCCUAUUUUAUAGUGAUUACACAAUACUUCGCUUACAAGUAUUUGAUUCUAUCUGCUCUUCGAAAAUAAAACUAUAUGGAAGAUAAAGUAAGUUAUAUAAUGAUUCUUUCUAUUCAUUUACUUAAUAGUUCAGAGUUAACGGUCCUAAAAUCGGUCUAUAAAUAAUUUUAGGAUCUUAAGCUAUCCCAAUUGUUUUCUUCAUACUGCCUUUUGCUAUUUUCGGUCUUUAUAAUUUUCCAGCUGGCAAAUGAGUUUGAAAAUUUACUAUUUUGUAAAUAUCACCUUUUCACGUCUACCCUGAAGACAACUGUCUGGGUAAUUUCCGCAUAUUUAGAUAAGUAAUAGCCGCCAUGUACAAGUCAUUAGUGGAGUCAAGUGUUCUGCUCGAUGAGUUAAUAUUAUAAUUAUGGACUCGUAGUACUCUUUAUUUGAGGACUUUAUUUUUAAAUGCACUCGUAUAAAUCCACUUCUGUCAAUGUAAUACUGAGAUCAAUAAAAACAAAAUUCGAUCCUGUUUUUUGUUUCAUUAAAUUUGUUAAUUGUUGAAAGUAUCCUAAGGCAAUAUGAGUGCUUGUAAACUCAAUUUUCUGUCACUAAGAAAAAGAACGUAAAAAUAAGUAACUUAAAUUCAUUUCCAUGUACGACAGUCCAUAAACUAAUUUUGUGAGACGAUGAUCUUCAAACCACAAAAAUAAGUCAACACAAGUUUCACUGUCAUGAUGUUGUUCUGACUCACCCCAAGUGAGUUUUAUUCUUUGUUGAUGUUAAGAUUCUAUACAAUAAAAUCUUCCAUUCGAAUCUUCUACUCCUUUUCUUUCAAAUUAAUUAAAAUUGAUUACAAUAGCCACAAAUCAUUGCUUACAAACUUUAACUGAGUUCCAUGCUUAUCUGAGAAUGUUGAAAUUAGCAGUAACUAAGCUAAUUCAUAUAUCUUAAAGUUACUUAAUAACAUCAAACUUACUUGCUACAGUUUCUUCAUCAACCACACCGUUUUAUUAUUCGAAUAUAAACGGGCAUUUUAAAUGUUAUGUUUUAUUGUCAACAAAAAAAAAUACAUGCAAUGUAUGAAAGUUGUGAUUUUUUAUUUUCUUAAGAGAAUAGUUCUAGGUGUCCUCAUAAAGACAGAUUUUUUCAAACGAUCAGAAUAUUUGAAGCUUUGCAAAUGUUCAUUAUAAGUUUGGAAUAACUGCCAGAUUCUACUUAUGCAAACUAAGCUGAGGAAUCAUCCUAUUUCCCACUAAAUUACUCUUCACAUUAUCUCAACUAUAUACCAAUAAAUGGUAAUAUAAGUAUAAUCGUUUUGUUGUGCGAUACUCUUACUACAAAUGAUCUAAUUCAGUCUCUUUGUAUCUGUUAUUUGCCAGAAAAUUAAGACGUCAAGCUUUCUCUCAUGUAAACUACAAAAAAUCAAUUUUACAGUAAUCGAAUCAAACCAACUUCUGUUUUCUCCAUGUCUCAUUAAACAGUUUCGGCCUUACAUUCGAAUAGGCUGUUAGCCGUAUAAUAGAUAUGGAGUUCUGGUGCGUCUUUGUUUUUUAUCAAACUUACCUUUGUUAAUUCUGUAGUUAGUACUCUGCUAGCUAAGAUCGAUAUUGGACGUUGUAGCCCUCUAAAAAGUUAACGAUAAUUGUUCGUUAAAGAUAGCCAAUCAUUUCCACUAUAUCUCUCUAUUAGUUGAUGGUAUUCGCUGAGUCUAUAAACUUUGUUAUGGAAGAAUACUGCUCUUUGUGGCAAAGAAACGGUAUAUUGUGCGAAUGAAUUUAAUUGACUACUUCAUGAAUUAACUACUGGCAAACAAUAUUUGUUGACAAGUUUUAUCCAAAUUAAAUUUAAUUUGGAUAAAACUUGUCAACAAAUAUUGUUUGCCAAUAGUGUGGACCUAUAUCAUCGCUUAAAAUUUUAUUUGGUAGAGUAAACUUGUGGAACAUAGAUGAUUAUCUGAAUUCUGAAAAAUUCAGUUGAUCUAGUACUACAACCUUCAUAGUCUCAAACUGUGAAAUCGGUCAGUGAUUCACUGUUGUGAGUGAUGAUAAUCACAGCCAGCAGUUGUUUUCCGGUCAACAUUUGAUAAAAAACCUUUAGAAAUAACUCAGUUUCUAUCAUUUUACUUGUCUUAGUUUAAAAUAUAACUUUUGAGAAAUUUUUUGGAAACGGAACUAAUGCUCCUGCUGAAAGUCAGGGUAUUUUAAUUUCAAUUAUACUGUAUUCAGUUUAAUGGCUAAUAAAAUCCAUUGUUUUGAAUAUGGUUGUUGCCAAUAUCUGAUGUCAUGUAGAUAGCCACUAAAAAGUAUUCUGCAGUUUUUUUGUUCUAGUUUGAAUUCCUCGCAAGGGUCGUCCUUGAGUUCAAAGUUGAACACAUUUUUAAACCAUUGGGUUGGAAUCCAUUGUUUUGACUAAUACAUUUGGAUAUGUUAAUCAUUGCAAUGUCAUGAACUCUUAUCUCUUUGUGUGUAUAUUUAUUGAUAUGAUGAAGAUUACUGACAUUGGUUUACUGGUAAUUUUUCUAGAUAUUAUUACCUUUUAUCCCUCAGAAUCACUUCAUAAAAUGCAUUUCAUAUUUCUGUUUAUGCAUUUAUUAUGGUGAAUAUAAAUUUGUUCUUUUCGUGAUAUUACAGUACAUUACGAUGAAUAAAUAAAAUUCUGUUGUAUUUUUAUUCACUUAUUUUGUUGAAAUAUUCCAAUUUAUUCAUGUUUUGUUUUUCUUCUGCUUAUAAUAUUAAUAAAAUAAUAAUAAUAAUAAUCACAGAUCAACUAUGAAAGGAAACAAACAGAGUUUGAUCAAUUGGAUCUUUACUUUUUUAUAUAGCUAUUGUUAUCAUUGUCGUUUUUUACCUUCUUAAAAUAGUGUUUGCAUUUUUCUACGUUUCUUUUUUGUAUACAUAUUAGAAACUUACAAUUGUGUCC